AAACAGCAGAUACCCUUGUCUGAAAAAGUAAAACUAUAAGAAUUGCCUCAUCUACUCCACUCUCACUCACCUUCUCUCACUUUUCAUAAACCUCCCUCUAUAUCAAUUGCCUCAACAGCUAAACUUGUUUUUGUCUCUCUUUCCCAUACUUGGCUGCACAUCUGAAUUCUCAUGGAGGAACUGAAAACUUGGCCAGAUGGGUCUGAUCAGGAGGAGCUACUGAGGGAGCUUUUGGAUAAUUCAUCGCCUUUCUUGCUACAACCGCCGGAAUCAACCAUCAACCACCUUGUCAAUGCUGGUGAUUAUCCCGGGCCAACUAUCGACGAUAUCGACAAUGCUUUAUCAGUGACGAAUUACAAACACCAUUUCCAGGACAUCUCACCGGCCAGGAUUUCAAUAUUAGAGAAGGGUUUUAGCAAGGUUGAGAACAAGUAUACUCUGAGAAUUAAGAGUUGUGGUGGUGGUUUGGCUGAUGAUGGUUAUAAAUGGAGGAAGUAUGGCCAGAAAUCUAUCAAGAACAGCCCAAAUCCUAGGAGCUACUACAGAUGCACAAACCCUCGAUGCAGCGCCAAGAAGCAGGUCGAGCGCUCGAGCGAUGACCUGGACACUCUCAUCAUCACCUACGAGGGCCUCCACCUCCACUUUGCAUACCCGUAUUUCCUCCUCGACCCACCACCCCAACACGUCAACCCACCAUCCAAGAAGCUCAAGAGCAAAGUCUCGAACUCCGAAGCCCAAGCCCAACAAGCCCUCCCGAUACAGGAAGACCACGACAAGCGAAGCCCGGAAAACUCGUCCGCAGGCCCUUUCCACGGCACAUUCAUGGACUGUAGCCCAGAAGGAAUAGGCCCACAAGGCCUGCUGGAAGAUGUGGUGCCUAUGAUGGUUAGAAACCCAUCAAACCACCAAUAUUUCUCCUCCAAUUCUUCAUCUUGCUCUUCUUAUCCUUCUCCACCUGCUUCACCUUCUCUCUCUUGGUCCCCUAACUAUUCCACUUCAUGUUUUAAUAUUGGCCUCUAUGAUGUGCCGUCAGGUGAACAUUUCUAGUCCAGAAUCCUAGUUAUAUGAUUGAAUAAGCCUUUAUAAGAUGUCAUAUGAUUUUGAUACUUCACUUUUAACCGAUGACACUCUACUUUUUGUUUUGUAAUUUCACAUGAUCAAGACACAAAGUGGAGUGCCAAUGACUAAAACUGGAGUGCCAAAAUCAAUUUCCUUAGAAGAUCUCUCUUUAUGUGAGAAUCAUAUUGAAAUGAUGUGCUAGAGAUAUAUAGAUAUAUUGUUGGAAGAUGUAUAAUGGCUACAUAUCGUUUUUGGAGUGAUGUGGGUCGGAAUUUGGAAUAAAGAUAAAUAGGGAUUUGUUU